AUGCAAACUUUACUUAUUUCGAAAAUAAAUAUAUCUCAUAUUGUUGCCUACACUGAUAGCUCAACUGUAUUAGCUUGGAUCAAUACCGAGCCUUACAAACUGAAACAUUUUGUUGCGCAUCGAGUAGUUAAAAUAACUGACGCAUUUGAACCUUCUAACUGGAGGCAUGUCUCGACUCAGGACAAUCCUGCUGACUUUCCUAGCCGAGGUCUCUCGUGUGCAGAAUUGGUCAAUUGUACGCGAUCUUGGUCAGGACCAGAUUGGAUGCUUAGUGGUCCAGAUCACUGGCCAGCUCAAAGUCGGUGUGAGGCCCAAGAUGUGUUGCCAGAGUUGAGAACACGCACUCUGAUUGCUCUAUCUCGGGAAUCUGAUAAAGACAUUAUGAAAGUGUUAUUAAAUCGGUAUUCAUCCUUAUCGCGACUACAACGAGUAUUGGCAUGGGUCUUUCGCUUCAUUUCUAAUUCGCGCAAAAAACAAAGCCAACGCGAGAAAGGUCGCAUUACUACGAAUGAGGUAAAGUGCUCUCUGCUUAGCCUUAUUAAAUAUGUCCAAUGGGGCAGCUUCAAUCAAGAGAUGUCUAAAUUAAAAUCGCAUAAGCCUCUACCUAAAUACUUACAAAAGUUGUCUCCGUUUAUUGAUAACCUAGGACUCAUGCGAAUCGCAGUACUCUGCCUGGUGGCGUGCGCCGCUGCAGAAAAUGUACGUGAGAAGCGCGGCUUCCUCAGUGGGCUACACUCUGGAGGCAUUGGUGGCUACUCUGGCUACAGUGGCUACUCUGGCUUAGGCGGCUACUCCGGAUACAGUGGCUACUCUGGCUUAGGUGGCUACUCCGCGCCAUCAGCUCAGCUCGUCACCGUCAACAAAGUUGUGAACGUGCCCAAGGUUGUGAGCGUCCCACAAGUAGUCAGCGUCAACAAGGUCGUCUCCGUGCCCCAAGUUGUGUCCGUUAACAAAGUAGUAGCCGCUCCGAGCUUCUCCUCUGGAUACAGCAGCGGAUACAACGGUGGAUACAGCGGUGGAUACAGCGGUGGUUACAGCGGUGGUUUCGGAAGCGGGCACGGUGGUUACUCUGGUGGCUACUCCAGUGGCUGGUGA